GCCGUCUCAGCCACCGCCAUGCGUCCCGGGGCGCCGGGGCCACUGUGGCCACUGCCCUGGGGGGCCCUGGCUUGGGCUGUGGGCUUCGUGGGCUGCGUGAGCCCGGGGAACCCAGCGCCGGGUGGUGUCUGCUGGCUCCAGCAGGGCCAGGAAGCCACCUGCAGCCUGGUGUUGCGGACAGACGUGAGCCAGGAGGAGUGCUGUGCCUCCGGCAGCGUGGACACUGCCUGGUCCAACUUCACCUACCCAGGGAACAAGAUCAGCCUGCUGGGCUUCCUGGGCCUCGUCCACUGCCUGCCCUGCAAAGAUUCGUGCGAAGGCGUGGAGUGCGGCCCGGGCAAGGCGUGCCGCAUGCUGGAAGGCCGCCCGCGCUGCGAGUGCGCCCCCGACUGCACGGGGCUCCCCGCGCGCCUGCAGGUCUGCGGCUCAGACGGCGCCACCUAUCGCGACGAGUGCGAGCUGCGCGCCGCGCGCUGCCGAGGCCACCCUGACCUGCGCGUCAUGUACCUAGGCCGCUGCCGCAAGUCGUGCGCGCACGUGGUGUGCCUGCGGCCGCAGUCGUGCGUGGUGGACCAGACGGGCAGCGCGCACUGCGUGGUGUGCCGAUCUGCUCCCUGCCCGGUGCCCUCCAGCCCGGGUCAGGAGCUUUGCGGCAACAACAACGUCACCUACAUCUCCUCGUGCCACCUCCGCCAGGCCACCUGCUUCCUGGGCCGCUCCAUCGGCGUGCGCCACCCGGGCAGCUGCACAGGCAACCCCCAGCUGUCAGAUGCCGAGUCAGACCACGAGGAGGAGAACUUCGUGUGA